UCGGAUUAUCUUUGAUUUUUUUCUCACAAAUUUCUUCCUUGCUUUCACAUUUGUUUUCGUGAAAGAGAAGUUCGAAUUAUUGUUGUUUAAAGAAUGGCAACAAAUGACGACAAUGUUAAACACAAGGAUAAGGCUAGAAUAAAGCAAGCUGCAAUCAAAGAACUGAUUGACAAUGAAGAAUGCGUCUUAAGAAAACGUUUGCCCAGAAAGCUCCCGAAACGUGAUUGUGAUGUGUAUGUAACCAGAAAAACUGACUUUAAACAGCAGUUGAAACGUUGUCAAAAUAUCUUAGACAAUGGGAACCUGGUGUGUAUUCAUGGCCUGGGACAGGCUAUCAACAGAGCCAUAAAUCUAGCACUCCAGUUACAGGCUUCGGGAAUGGGCGGAAUCGAAAUUAAUACGCACACAAGUACCGUGGAACUUGUCGAUGACAUUGAGCCACUUAAUGAUGACAGGGAUGCUGAUGUGUUGUCGAGAAAUAAUUCAGCUAUUCACAUACGAGUGUACAGACCUAGUCUACAAGGCACCAUAGACAAAAUAAAUGAAUUGGACAAAGAAGCAAAAUCUAACAAUACCUAGUGAACCACCCAUUGCUGUAGAAAAUAUGCUUAAGAACAGAAUAUGAAGUCUUACUAUUUACAUCUUUACUUAUAUGUUAAACUUAAGUUAAAAACAUUAUAUGAACAAUUGCAGUAAACAAUACAUAUAACAAUACA